AUGGCAGAACAAGAGGAACUUAUGAAACUGUUGCAGAUGCAAAGCAAAUUACUGGAGCAAUUGACUCAAAGAUCAAAGCAGCCAGUAGAAAAUUCAAAAGAACAGUUGAUGGAGUCAUUGGCAAAAAGCAUAGCAGAAUUUUGCUAUAAUGCCACAAACGCACUCACAUUCGACACGUGGUAUGCACGUCACGAAGACGUUUUCUUGGUCGAUGGCAAAGAUUUGGACGAAGCAUCACGUGUUCGCCUCUUAAUGAGGAAGCUAAAUCCAAUUGCGUAUAACAAUAAGAAUCAACAGGAAGACCUGGUAUCGUAUGCAGCCAGGGUCAAUGCUCAAUGUGAAAAAUUUAGACUGUCGGAACUUUCGGCAGAUCAAUUCAAAUGCCUCAUCUAUGUCUUUGGGUUGCAAGCACACACAGAAGCCGACAUUCGUAUAAAAAUAUUGGCAAAACUAGAAGAAGAUUCACAGCAAACAUUAAACUCUCUGGUGAGCCAUGCGCAAAAAUUCAUCAAUCUAAAGAAAGAUACAGCAAUGGUGGAAGAGACAAAAGCCGUAAUAGCCAACGCAAUACAUGCAAAUACACGCCAAAGCAAGAACGAUGCAACUAAAAAUAGCAAAACAAAUAAGGCGAAGAUUCCAAAAACACCCUGUUGGAAUUGCGGAGACAUGCACUAUGCAAAAUAUUGUACAUAUCACAAUCAAAAGUGUAACAAGUGCAACAAAUACGGUCAUAAGGAGGGGUACUGUAAUUCAUACAGCGCCAGCAAAAGCAAAAGCACAAAACCUCAGCGACACAAGCAACAACAAACGAGCAACAAAGGUCACAACAGUUGCUUACAAGUAAAUUCAAUAACGCAUGUUAAUCGACGCAAACACACAACAGUAAGCAUAAAGCCGAUAGAAACCGCAACUUCAUCGUUUCCGUCGUGUGAUGUCAGAAUGCAGGUGGACACCGCCUCGGACGUCUCGCUAAUCGGAAAGUCCACAUGGAUACAAAUGGGUCAACCGGGAAUACGGUUGGAGAACAAAUACGUUACCAGCGCAUCAAAAGAUAAAAUUCAACUACUAGCCGAAUUUUCUUGUGAAGCUAGGCUAAGCGGGGAAGAGUUGACUGAUCAACAAUCUACUAUUUUGAAGCAUAUACAGCAAGACUAUUUGGACAUAUUCAAGCCAAACCUGGAAAGUUGUAGCACAGUUACAUCAGCAUUGCAUCUAAAGCCGGAUGCUAAACCAAUUUUUCGCGCAAAAAGGCCAGUAGCAUAUUCCAUGCUACCGUACAUUGAAGAAGAACUAAAUAGAUUACAUCAAUUAGGGGUUAUCACCCCUGUAGAAUUUUCUGAAUGGGCAGCGCCUAUCGUAGCAGUGAAGAAACCGUCUGGCAAGGUUCGGAUCUGUGGCGAUUAUUCAUCAGGGCUAAACGCAUGGUUAGAGCCGCAUCAAUAUCCGCUGCACACGCCAGAAGAAAUUUACGCAAAGGUCGCGGGAAGUCAUUGUUUUACCGUAAUAGACCUAUCAGACGCGUAUCUACAGAUACCCGUCACAGCAGAGUCAGCCAAGCUGCUCACCAUUAACACGCAUAUGGGUCUGUUUACGUUCAAUCGACUCGCACCAGGUAUCAAAAGCGCUCCAGGAGUGUUCCAACAAAUCAUGGACACCAUAUUGGCAGGCAUAGAUGACACCGUCGCUUACAUAGAUGACAUCAUUAUAGGCGGUGCAACCUUUGAGAAACAUGUCGGAAACCUUCAUAAAGUGGCGCAACAGCUACAGAAGUAUAAAUUUCGGGUCCAGUUCGACAAAUGCAAAUUUUUUGCUGCACAGGUAAAAUAUUUGGGAAACAUUUUAAGCAAAACAGGUAUAAAACCUGACCCCACCAAAAUAAGCCAGAUUCUAGCACUACCAGAACCCAAAAAUGUGUCAGAAGUCCGAGCAUUUCUGGGCAGUGUAAACUAUUAUGGAAAAUUCAUCGCAGAAAUGUCCAAAGUCAGAGCACCUUUGGACAAAUUGCUUCAUAAAAAUGAAAAGUUUAAUUGGAACGCUGAUUGCCAAAAAGCCUUCCAGCAAUUCAAACGCAUUUUAAAUUCAGAUUUAAUGCUUACGCAUUAUAACCCCAAUUUACCAUUGAAAGUGGCAGCAGACGCCUCCAAUAGAGGAAUCGGUGCGUUUAUUUGUCACGUUUUUCCGGACGGAUCAGAGAAGGUUAUACAACACGCCUCAAAAGUUUUAACGGAUGCAGAGCAAAAGUACUCGCAAAUUGAAAAGGAAGCUUUAGCAUUAGUUUUUGCGCUAAAGAAGUUCCACAGAUUUAUUUUUGGACGUAAGUUCACAUUGUGCACGGAUCAUAAGCCGCUAAUCGCAAUAUUUGGUAAAAAUAAGGGCAUCCCAACGUACGCAGCAAAUAGGCUUCAGCGAUGGGCACUAAUAUUGAUGAUGUACGACUUCAAUAUCCAAUACAUUAAAAUAACAGAAUUUGGAUGUGUAGACAUGCUUUCGCGCCUUAUAGCAAAUCACACAAAGCAAGACGAAGACAUGGUGAUAGCUUGUACGCAAAUGGAAGAAGAAAUGAACACGAUUAUUGAAGACCAAUGUGAAAAACUUCCGGUGAGUUUUGAAAUGAUAAGAAAAGCUACAAAGCAAUGUUCAACGGCCCAAGCUGUCAUAAACGCAUUAUCAAAUGGAUGGAAGCAAGAAAUAACACCAGAAUUACAGCCAUUUUAUGCACGGAAAGAUGCACUCAGCGUGAUUCAAGAGUGCCUAAUGUUUCAUGAACGCAUAGUGAUUCCGAAGAAAUUACAACCACGAAUUUUACGUCAACUACACAGAGGACAUCCAGGUAGAGAACGGAUGAAAUUGUUAGCAAGGAGUUACGUGUAUUGGCCUGGUAUGGACGAAGAUAUAGUCUCGUAUUCACGAAAUUGUCAACUUUGUGAAUCAACAGCAAAAAUGCCUGUAAAACAUACACUACGAUCAUGGCCGUUAGCAACAAAACCAAUGGAACGGUUACACAUUGAUAUAGCAGGACCAUGCAAUGGUUUUUAUUACUUCGUAAUCGUAGAUGCAUUCUCAAAAUGGCCUGAAAUUUUUCAAAUAGAGAAUAUCACAACGCAAACAAUCAUUAGCAAGCUAAAUGAAACGCUUUCACGUUACGGAGAUUGUGACACACUGGUCUCCGAUAACGGCACACAAUUUACGAGCGGAGCGUUCGAACAAUUCGUAACAUCGCGGGGUAUUCAACACAUAAGGACAUCGCCUUAUCAUCCCCAGUCCAAUGGACAAGCGGAACGGUUCGUAGAUACACUGAAAAGAGCAUUAAAAAAAUUAAAAAUGGAAGGAACGGAUUCAGAAAACUUGCAAACAUUUUUGCAAACGUAUAGAUCCACACCAAAUCCGAAUGUGGUAGAACAACUACCACGGUUCAAUGAAGAAAAUCAACCCGUACUACAGCCAGAAACUGUUGAAGUGGCUCCCCUGGUGGAAACCACCUCAUCUGGUUCUAAUGCACAUGCAGAAACAAAUAGAGGAACAUCAACGAGUCGCAGGAUUCGUAGACCACCAGCAUAUUUGAAUGAGUAUGAUACUUCCUAA